AUGGAUUCAGAAGCUUCAUUCAAAGCUAUAGCACCUCCAGUGUUUGAUGGAACACAUUAUCAAAUGUGGGCUAUUAGAAUGGAAGCCUAUCUUGAGGCUAAUGAUCUGUGGGAGGUUGUUGAACAAAAGCAAGAAGUUCCUGUAUUGCCAGACAAUCCAACUGUGGCACAAAUCAAAAAUCAAAAGGAGAUGAGACAAAGAAAAUCCAAGGCAAGAGCUACCCUAUUUGCAGCUGUUUCAUCAACAAUCUUCACCAGAAUUAUGACAUUGAAAGCAGCACAUGAAAUUUGGGAUUUUCUGAAGAAGGAGUAUGAAGGAAAUGAAAGAGUCAAAGGCAUGCAAGUUCUAAAUCUGAUAAGAGAAUUCGAAAUGCAGAGGAUGAAGGAAUCAGAAACUACAAAAGACUAUGCUGAAAGACUUCUUAGCAUAGUUAACAAGGUAAGACUUCUUGGUACUGAAUUUUCAAAUUCAAGAAUAGUUCAAAAAAUUCUUGUUACAAUUCCUGAAAGGUUUGAGGCCACGAUCUCGUCACUAGAAAAUACUAAAGAUCUGUCAAGCAUCACCUUGGCAGAGCUUUUAAAUACUUUACAGGCACAGGAACAAAGAAGGCUUAUGAGACAAGAAGGAUCUAUGGAGGGUGCUUUUCAAGCCAAGUCACAGCACUACAACAAUAAUAAAGACAAAAACAGCAGCAAGCAGCCUGAAAUAAGUUCAAGCAGCAGGAAUAACAACACUCAAGUCUAUUCACCUUGUCCUCACUGCAAGAAGACUCCACAAAAAAGGUGCUGGUGGAGGCCUGAUAUAAAAUGUAACAAAUGUGGACAAUUAGGACAUGUGGAAAGAAUCUGCAAGAAUCAACAGCAGCCAGAUGAAGCCAAAGCUGUUAUCGACCAUGCACCCGAGGAAGAAUGUUUGUGGCAUCAUGCUUUGCCAGCUGCAGUUCUGCGGAAAGUUGGCUGA